ACUAAAACGUAAACACCAAAAUGUUAUAAACAACAUUGAUCCAACAAUGAUGUUUAUCGAAACAAAUUGAUGGAAAAAUACAUUUAAUCUCAAUUGCUGAUGUCAAUGUUUAAUGUGUGUUAAAAAUGAAUCAGAAUAAAAAGGAAAUAUGUCGUUUGUGCUAUUAUGAAACAAUUGACACCACAAAUAUAUUCAGUGUCAAAGGAACCGAACUCGAUUUCAUCGGAAAAAUUCGAAAAUAUUUAUACUUUUCGGUGGAUAAAGACGAUGGACUGCCAAGCACCGUAUGUUGGAUGUGUACACAACAAUUGGAAUCAUUUCAUCGAUUUUAUGAAAAGAUUAACGAUAUCCAAAAGACACACUUAACUCAGUUUGAAUAUGAAAACAUUGUACUGCGGCCAAAGUAUGAAACCGAUCCAAUCAUAUCGAAUCGCAUCGUUGGAGAUAAUAAAAACAGCACAAUUGUUGAUGACGAUGGUAAUACGAUUGAAGUGCUCGUAAUAUCCGAAGAAGAUGCUGAACAUGAACAAAAACUUGUGGACACUGAAUUUGAAGAGUUUGAAUUGCUGGAAGUGGACAAUGUUGAUGCAAAUAACGAAAUUGAUGAGAACAAAAUGAAAAAGGAUGAAAGCAUCGAAUUGAUGGAAACAAAUGAACUUGCAACCGAAGACACCAAAGAUGCAAUGUCACCGCAGACACGAGCACGACGCAAAACAAAACGCAAAUUCGUUUGUAAGACAGAAAGUACAAGGAAAAGUGUUCGCCAAGCGGCCGCUAAAAUAAAGCAAGAACAUUCGCAAAAAUUCGUCGAAAAUAAUAAGAAACAACUACAGAAAUCGAAAUCAAAAAAUUUAGAAGAUAACUGUGUAGCUGAGGAACAUGAUUUGGCAGAAGGUGAAAGUGACGAUGAAUUUCCCUCCAGAGACUCGGACAAUGAGGACUGGCCAUCGCCAGAGACUCUUUCUGAAUUUCCAAAAGAAAUAAUUAAGGAUGGUCUGCUACAGGUUAAAGGCAAAGAACUAUUUUCACUGAUUUGCAGAUUUUAUAAUUUGGAAUGUAAACUAUGUGAGGAAAAGCGAAGGUUCAAGCAAUUAAAUGACAUGCUCGAUCAUUAUACAGAAACGCAUAAAGAACCCGGCUACGUGGAAUGUUGCCAAGUAAAAUUGUUUCGAUACCAAGCGAUUAUAAUGCAUAUGUGCAGACAUCUACAGCCGGAUGCGUUCAAAUGCGAUGAAUGUGGUUAUAUUGUUACACGACCGCGUUUCCUUCAGAGUCACAAACAAACUCAUUUACCCGACGACCAAAAACCAUACGCUUGUGCUGAAUGCUCGAGGAGAUUCUGUUGGAAGAGUGCACUUCGCAUUCAUUUAAUUAGUCAUAAGCCGGCCGAAGAACGCCAUCAAUAUAUUUGCCAUGUGUGUGGUCGAACGUAUGAUACACCGGGUGGCCUCUCCACGCAUAAAAAACUAGCACACAGUGGCAUCAAAAAAUCACAAACGAGCGUUUGUCAUAUAUGUGCAAAGAAUUUUUCAUCGCGUACAGGUUUGCAUGAACAUAUGAUGACAAUUCAUCAGCCAAGAGAGAAAGGUCAAAUGCAGUGCACCAAAUGUGGAAAAUGGCUAAUGAAUUUUCGAUGCCUUAAAACGCAUAUGGUUCUGCACAGUGAUGUUCAAUUUCGUUGUGAUAAAUGUGAUUAUGUAACAAAGAAAAAGGCUCUUUUGAAUCGUCACCUGGUGACACGGCAUUCAAAUAAGCGUCCGUUUGUUUGCGAUUAUUGUGGUCGUGAUUUUAAAAUGAAACGUGCAUUAACCGUACAUGUUGCCCAGCAUGCGUCCACCACAAAAUAUCAAUGUCCAUUCUGUGAUCGUUCGUUCAAUAGUUCGACAAACUUUUAUACACAUCGCAAAAAUUCACAUCCCAAAGAAUUGGCGGAUAUGAAGCGGCAAGAGGAGGCCGAACGGCGUCGACGACGAAUUGAAGCCGGCGUUGAAGAGGGUGAAUUGAAUGUUGAGCCUGAACAUCAACCAGAUGAUGCAGAUAUUGUACAACCGAUUGAAGUUCCAGAUGAGGAUGAUGAUAACGAGACUACAUUUCAUGUCACCGAAAUUCGUAAUACACAUUUAAUACUUACAACCGAUACAGGCGAUGAAUAUACCGUGCUCGAAGUUAAAUCACAUGAUAAUAAUGAUCGAACAUGAUGUUAUUUUUGUAUGAAAACGCAACGAUUUAACAGAAAUGUAUCUCAUUUUAUUCGCUUUUUAUUUCAUUUUUUAGAUAAACGAAUAAAAUUUAAACGAUUUUAUUACUCUCA